GGCGGGGAGGGAGCUCCGGGGGUGCUGGGAGGCUCCGGUCCCCUCUCGGGAGGCCCUGCGGGUACUGCCGGUGCUCGGGAAGGGACCUUUGGAAACCAGGCAGCAGUGCCGGGGACGUGUGUGAGGGGAGACACCACUGCCAUGCUGGAGGCCCCUGCGUGGUCUGUGCGUGUACCGAAGGACGAUGCCUUUCCUGCACGGCUUCCGCAGGAUCAUCUUCGAGUACCAGCCCCUGGUGGACGAGCUCUUGGGGCUGCUGGUGAUACAGGAUGCGGAAAGGCAGAGUGCGCUUGAGAGCCCUGCCUGCCUGGGCAGUGACCGGAGCCAGCUCUCAGCUGUGAGACAAGUCUUGGAGAGGGAGACACAUUCCCCAUUCUAUCAGGAAGGUGUGAGCUAUGCCCUGCUGAAGGUCACUGAGCUGGGGCUUGUUCCUGCUGCAGAAAUCCUGCUGGAGUUCGGAGCAGACCUCAGCUUUGAAGAUCCAGUCACCUACUACACCUCCCUGCACAUCGCUGUGCUCCGCAACCAGCCCGAUAUGGUGGAGCUCUUGGUGCACCACGGGGCUGACAUCAACCGGAGAGACCGGAUCCAUGAGAGCAGCCCCCUCGACCUGGCCAGUGAGGAGCCGGAGCGGUUGCCAUGUCUGCAGCGGCUGCUUCAGCUGGGGGCUGAUGUCAACACAGCUGACAAAAACGGAAAGACAGCACUGUUGCAUGCCCUGGCCAGCAGUGAUGGUGUCCAGAUCCACAACACCGAGAGCAUCCGUCUCUUGCUGGAGGGAGGCGCGGAUGUCAGGGCCACCACCAAAGACGGUGACACUGUCUUCACCUACGUUAUCUACCUGCUGGGAGAGAUGGUGUGCAGCAGCAGCGAGGAGGCACAGGUGAUCAGCCGCUUCUGCUUCCGUGUCACACAGCUGCUGCUGGCCCACGGUGCCAACCCCAGUGAGUGCCCACCCCCAGAGUCCCUCACCCACCUCUGCUUCAAAAGCUUCAAGAGCCACUUCCCACUGCUGCGCUUCUUGCUGGAGUCGGGUGCUGCCUACAACUGCUCCCUCCAUGGGCCCUCAUGCUGGUCCGGCUUCCACAUCAUCUUCGAGUGCCUCUGCUCGCAUCUCAGCGCCUCUGAAGAUGACAGCUUCUUUACAGACCUCAUCCAGAAGGGCCAGACUCUGCUGGAGCUCAUGAUGGCCAGUUCACAAGCCAUCCAGCUGCCCAGCAACUUUGAGGUCAACACCAGCACCUGUAGGUACCAUGGGGAGAAGAUCCGGACUCUCUUCUGCUCUCUGAAGCAGCUGGAGCGCUCCCCGCAGGCACUGAAACAUCUCUGCAGGGUGUUCAUCCGGCAGCGCCUUAAACCGUGGCCAGUAGAUGUUAAAAUCAAGGCUCUACCUCUUCCAGACAGGCUGAAGUGGUACCUCCUCAUUGACCACACUGCUGCCGGGCAGGAGGACCUCUGAGCCUGACUUGCACCUCUCUGUGUGCCACCAAAUCCCUGCCCUGGGACAGUUUUCUCUGCAGCAGGAGGUGUUGCUGUCCAUGUUCCGGGCAUAAUGCCACAUGCACGUCUGUGGAGGCCCUGUUGCUCUGGAGCAUGUCAUGGGGAGGUGGGCAGAGCUCUGUGGCUCCCUGGGCAUUGGGGAGCUGGACCCUGGGGCAGGGAGCUGGUUUGUGUGGGUUUUAAAGGAAGGGCUGGUGGGGAGGAGCAGUGGGGUGGCUGGGGCAGUGUGGCUGGGCAGAGACAGCCUGGCCCCCGGCCUUCCAGCCCUGCCAGGUCUGGGGUGGGUGAGACAGAGAUGCUUUGGGGUGCUGGGGGAAGAGGUGCUCCUGGUCUCCCUCUGGUCAUGGUGGUGGGAGCAGUCAUGGUGCAGGCAAGUUUGGCAUCUUGGUGUGGCUCCACACCCUCUUGAGUUUCUGCACCUCAUCCUCCCAGCACAGAGGACCAAGGGCAUCUUGGAGGUGCUGGGCUCCAAAACACACAAACUGGAUGUUUCUCUGCUUUGUGGUGUGUCCCCUUGUGCAAGGAUGAGGAAUGGGUGGCUGAUUGCUGAGUGCCUUGGCCUCUCUCCCUGAUCCUCAGCUCUUUCCCUCACUGACUGCUCCCAGGACCUUGGUUUCCAGUGCCUCCUUCCUAGGAACAAGAACUUGCAGCAGGACUCGGGGUCUUCUUGCCAAGCUGCUGCUGAAGCCUGCACACUCUGGAGACCCCAUGUCCCAGCCUUGCCACAUUUGUCUGCCUUCCCCUUCCAAGCAUCAGCUUCCUUGUGCCAUGCCAAAGACUGGUUAUGGAGCUGAGCCCCCCUGUUUGUUGAUUUGGUUUUUGUCAUGGAGGACAGAUGAGAUGCAGAAGGGGAUGAAAAGAGGGAAAACCCUAUCCUGAGCAGGUUCAGUUUGUAACAGGUGGAUCUGGGAUCCACCAGCAGUUUGGCUGUGGCAGGGCUGUCUCCUCCCAUUGCUCUCCUGUGUUUUCCCUUCUCCCACCCCGUGGAACUGGAGCUCUGCAUCUUGAUGAAUUGAUGUUUAAAGAAAAUAAUAAUGUCAUCAAGUA